AUGGCUAACGCUCCAGAGUCGCCCAGGCGUCCCCCGAGCGUCCACACAGCCUCUCAUCUACAAUACCCGACCCUCCCGCCGCUCUCUGCCUCCGUCCAAGAGUGGUUGUCCCGCUCUCGUCCAGCCAACAACAUGACGUCAGAUCAACACCUCUCGCUACCUGCGAGGUCUCUCGGUGAUAGCUGGGCGGACCUGAGCGUAUCCGAUCUACACUCGGAGGAUGGAAGUCGCUCCGAGCACACCGAUAUGGGGUCGUUGAUCGACCAAACCAGCCCCGACGACGUAGCCAGUCUCGAUGAGCGAUACAGCAGCAGCGAAGUCGGUGGCCCGGACGAGGAGUAUCCUCAGGAAGAUGAGGAUGCUGCCGGAGACGAGCUGCAGGACUCGGUAGCCUCGCAGCAGUUCCCGAUGAUGUUCGCUCAGGACGACACUGCAAUCAACGAUAGCAACCUGACCACCCGCCCGGCAUAUCGUCAGUCGAUCGACUCGAUCGAGUUUGUGGAGCCUGACAAAUGGCCCGAGAGAGAGCGAGUAGAGCUCAAGCACACGAUCCACAUCUUCGAUGAUGCGGAAGCAGCCAUUAUGAGAGAGUCGCUGCCGCAUAAUGUGGAAGGGGCGAUCCUGAUGACCACGGUUCAGCAGACCAUGACCAAAGGCAGCCUGGGCCUGGACAAGCCCUAUCGUGUGUUGUAUAUUGGUCAGUCGGACUCUCGAAAUAUCAUCCUGGACAAGAUUGGCGAUGUCUUGGUAUCAAGUUCGACUGCCGGAUCACAGACUAGCUCCGCCGACUCCUCCCGCUACCAUGUGGUGCCAACCUCGUUCGGAGCCGGUGCCGUGCCUAACUUUGCAGAGCUCCUCCCGAUUCAUGUCCAGCUUGUUGUGGACGAGUGCAAGGAAGCGAGUUCCGAGGCUCAUGAAACUCGACCUAGCACCUUGCACCUGGACUUCAAGAAUCGCCCUGCAUGUCGCUCAUGGUGGGAUGGUGAUCAGUAUCGGAUCUCGUCUGCAUCGGAGUGGACUUUGCCAGAUGUGGCAAUCCUGUUUGUGUCUGAUAGAGACAGCCAGACCACCAUCCAGACGCAGCACUAUGUUCAUGCCUUCUUGGAGCGGCAUGGAAUUCCCGCCAUGGUGAUCUCGGAGGAGCCGAUGUGGAAGCGGCCUGGCGAGCCCAUCCCAUUGAACCACAAUAGUCUGCAUAUGUGCUUGGAGUCUCGACACCCGCAGACAGGAGAAACGGCCGUGCUGCGUCGUUAUCCUAUCGAUUUGAAGACCUUCGAGAGUAUCACACCCGGUCAGCUCAACAGAAACCUGGCUUCGCUCAUGGACCUUUACCCACAGAAAACACACAAAGUUGCUGCUGAUGCUCAGAGGCCGGUUGAAAUUUACUCCUCCAUGGACCCGGAGAAAUAUCCUCGCAACUGGCUUCCACCGUCAUAUUCUUCCAAGGCUCGCGAGCUGGGCCCUAUGCUGCGCCUUAUCACGCUGACCUUGAUUUCCGCUAUUGCUCUCUCAAUCGGAUAUGCGGCUGUGAAUACUGUGUUCGUUUCUGUUUCACAAUGGAUUUCGGGGCCAGGGAUUCCCAACGCCGCAUCCGCACUAACCGCUCCCCUUUUAUCGACUUCUGUGGCGGUCCUCAAAGUGCCGCAGACUUCGGGGGCUGCUUGGCCGGCGGGUCAAUCGUGCCACCCAAAUACCAAACCUGCAGCGAUCAUCGAUCACGUUGCCAAGCUCACAAUUGCUGACUCGAGCUCGUCUGGAAGCCCGGACGUCUUUGAGAUUCAAGUUGUGGGUGACUGCCAUGUGGUCAUCAAGCCUCCACGCAAUUUUGUGACGUAUAAGAAGCAACCACCCUUCAACGUGAGUGCUCACCGAUACGAGCAGCCUCUGUCCUACGAGCUUUCCAAGCUCUUUGACGGAGUCUAUACACUACGGCUGGACCGAGAGGAUGCUUAUGGCUUGGUAAAUAUCACCGUCUCUGCCAAGUCGAAGCCACCCAUCAACCAAGUGACAACCGUCGACUUUGGAACCCCGUGGCUGAAGAUUGCAAGCUGGAGAAGGGCAGCCCGGCAGGUCUCCUCACAGGUUACGAAAGACUUGCAAAUUGCUCAAACCAGCCUGGCCGAAGUGUAUGGUCGGGUCUCCACCGAUGUGCAGGUGAGAAUGGGCGACCUGGUCAAGAAGUCUCAUUUCCUGCACCAGAACAGCCUGCGACGCCAGAGCCUCCUCGCGCGGGAUACCGUGCUCUCGCGCUCCAAGCAACUCUCCGAGGUCAUUACCCGCAAUGCGCUUCAACAGUUCCGAACUGUCUCUUCUCUCGUGCACAGCCGUUCGGUCCGGGUCAAUCAGGAAGCGAAGGGGCUGGUAAAUGUCGCCUGGAAUCGUCUCGGAGAUUCUGCAGCCCAGGUGGAUAUCCACUCCAUGCUGGAUCGAGUACGAAGUGCCAAGUGUGCCACACUGGAUCGGGCUCAGGCACGCGCACGUCGCUUUGUGGGGCGUCGGGAUUGA